AAAAGCCCCUUUUCAUCCAUUUAAUUACCAAAUAUACCCCUGCUUUUCUUCAACAUUCAUUCAACUCACUUCCUUUUCAUUUUCAUCAUCACUAUUUCUUUCUCUCUCUUUUCCUGCAAUCUCUACACCAAAUAAAAAUUAAUACUUUUACAAAUUAGGAAAAAAAAGGAAGCAAUUAUUCAAUCACUUUAUUUUUAGGACGUAUAUCUUCUGUCUUGCCAGCUCCAUACCCAUUUUCUCUCUCUUCUCCUGCAUUUUCCGACCUCAUUGCACCUUUUUCUUUGAUCCAUUUCUAUCUUGCUUCUUUGAGAUCCUUUAUCAAUUUACUAAGUAUUGUUGCUUGGCUUCUUUUGUUUAACAUUUUAAAGUGGAGAGAGAAAAUCUGUCUGCUGCCCUUCAUCAAUACAUCUAAUCGAUUACGCGCGAUGUCUAGCUCAACAAAGGUUUUGAACCCUGCUUUCCAAGGCGCAGGACAGAAACUAGGAACCGAGAUUUGGAGAAUUGAGAACUUCCUACCUGUUCCAUUGCCCAAGUCUGAUUAUGGAAAAUUCUACAUGGGAGAUUCUUACAUUAUCUUACAGACAAGUCCUGGUAGAGGAGGUGCGUAUUUAUAUGACAUUCACUUUUGGCUUGGAAAGGAUACUAGCCAGGAUGAAGCUGGAACAGCUGCAAUUAAAACUGUCGAACUAGAUGCAGCUCUUGGAGGGAAGGCUGUGCAACAUAGGGAACUCCAAGGUUUUGAAUCUGACAAAUUCUUGUCAUAUUUUAAACCAUGCAUCAUACCUUUAGAGGGUGGAGUGGCAUCUGGAUUUAAGACACCAGUUGAAGAUGAGUUUGAAACAAGGUUGUAUAUUUGUCAUGGGAAGCGAUCUGUUAAGAUGAAGCAGGUUCCUUUUGCUCGUUCUUCAUUAAAUCAUGAUGAUGUUUUCAUCCUGGACACUAAAGAUAAGAUCUAUCAAUUCAAUGGUGCGAACUCCAACAUACAAGAAAGGGCCAAGGCUUUGGAAGUUGUCCAGUUUCUUAAGGACCGAUACCAUGAAGGGAAGUGUAAUGUGGCCAUUGUUGAUGAUGGAAAUCUACAAGCUGAAUCUGAUUCUGGUGAAUUCUGGGUCCUCUUUGGUGGUUAUGCCCCUAUUAGCAGAAAGGUAAUUAGUGAGGAUGAAGUGAUUCCUGAAGAGACUGCAGCUAAACUUUACUGCAUCAAUGAUGGUAAAGCUCAAGCCUUAGAAGGUGAACUUUCCAAAGGGACAUUGGAAAAUAACAAAUGUUAUCUACUGGACUGUGGAAUUGAGGUAUUUCUUUGGUUUGGUCGUGUCACACAAUUGGAGUAUAGAAAGGCUGCCUGUCAAGCUGCAGAGGAUUUUCUUUCCAGCCAAAAAAGGCCAAAGACAACACGUGUCACCCGAGUAAUUCAAGGGUAUGAGACACAUUCUUUUAAGUCUCACUUUGACUCUUGGCCAACUGGCUCUGCAGCUCCUAGUACUGAAGAAGGCAAAGGAAAAGUUGCAGCUUUUCUGAAGCAGCAAGGUGUUGGCGUCAAAGGCACAAACAAAAGUGCGCCAGUUAACGAGGAUGUUCCACCCUUGCUUGAAGCCAAUGGAAAAAUAGAGGUGUGGCGAAUUAAUGGUAGUGCCAAGACCCCAGUGCCAAAGGAGGAUAUUGGCAAAUUUUACAGUGGCGAUUGCUACAUUAUUUUGUAUACUUACCACUCUGGUGAGAAGAAAGAAGACUACUACAUGUGCUGGUGGAUUGGAAAGGAUAGCAUUGAGGAUGACCGGAAAAUGGCAGCAAGAUUGGCGAACACAAUGUGUAAUUCGCUUAAAGGAAGACCUGUCCUGGGUCGCAUUUUCCAAGGGAAGGAGCCACCACAAUUUGUUGCAAUAUUCCAACCUAUGAUUUUGUUGAAGGGUGGACUGAGCUCUGGAUACAAGAAAUUCAUUGAAGAGAAAGGGUUGACUGAUGCAACUUAUUCAGCUGAAGGUGUUGCAUUAAUAGAGAUAUCAGAAACUUCCUUGCAUAACAACAAAGCCCAACAAGUUGACACGUUGGCAGCAUCGCUGAACUCCUUUAAUUGCUUUGUUCUGCAAACGAGCUCUACAAUUUUCACUUGGCAUGGCAAUCAGAGCUCUUUUGAGCAGCAAGAACUAGCUGCUAAAGUUGCUGCUUUUUUGAAGCCUGGAAGUAAUAUUAAGCAUGCUAAAGAAGGAACUGAAAAUUCAGUGUUUUGGUCUGCACUUGGUGGUAAACAACCCUACACAAGCAAAAAGUCGUCUCCAGAACUUGUCAGGGAUCCACACUUGUUUUCAUUUUCCUAUAAAAAGGGUCAGAUGCUAGUUGAAGAAAUCUACAAUUUCACACAAGAUGAUUUAUUGACUGAGGAUAUCAUGAUACUUGACACCCAUGUUGAAAUUGUCGUUUGGGUUGGUCAGUCAGUUGACCCCAAAGAAAAGCAGACAGCUUUUGACAUUGGUCAGAAAUACAUUCAGUUGGCUGGUUUAUUAGAAGGGCUGUCUCCACAGAUCCCUCUGUACAGAAUCACUGAAGGAAAUGAACCUUGCUUCUUUACAACAUACUUCUCAUGGGAGCCAGCUAAAGCAAUUGUUCAAGGGAACUCAUUUCAGAAGAAGGUCAUGAUGUUAUUUGGGGCAGGCCAUACUGCUGAGACCCCAAGCAAAUCCAAUGGUGGAGCAACACAGAGAGCUUCAGCUUUAGCAGCCUUGUCAAAUGCCUUCAGUCCCUCGUCUGGAGAAAAGUCAAGUUCUCCGAAUAGAUCAAAUGGGUCAAAUCAAGGAGGGCCAACGCAACGUGCUUCUGCUUUGGCCGCAUUGUCAACGGCUUUGAACCCAUCACCUGAAAGUAAACCUGCUGCACUCACUGCUCCUAGGCCGGUUAACACUGGUGGAUCACAGAGAGCUGCAGCAUUGGCUGCUCUAUCAUCAGCCCUUACGGCAGAAAAGACACCUGAUGCAUCUCCUGCUCGAUCAGCUAGAAGUCCUUCACCUCCUGCAGAUAGUACCCCUCAUGCUCGUAAAGAGACAGAAAGCUCACCGCCAGAGGCGACAGAAGAAUCUCAAAAUGAAGAAGCUAUUGCGGUUCAAGAAACUGUUAGUGCAGAGUCCGUACCUGAGAGUAAUGGCGAGGAAUCAGUUUCCAAAGAUGACACUGAACAACAACAGGAAACUGCUUCUGGAAAUACACAGAGCACAUUCAGCUACGAACAGUUGAGAGCUAAAUCCGAAAAUCCUGUCACAGGAAUUGAUUUCAAGCGUAGAGAGACCUAUCUAUCCGAAGAAGAAUUCAAGUCUAUUUUCAGUACGACAAAGGAAGAAUUUUACAAACUUCCUAGAUGGAAACAAGACUUGCUGAAAAAGAAGUUCGAUCUAUUUUGAAUUCAAAUUUACCGCUUCGUGAUUAUGAUUAUAUUUUCCCAACUUGAAGUUCUUCAUGUUGUCGAUCAACAUUGUGGUUCAUAUAGUAUAUUCCGCUUUGUUUUUUUUUUGUCUUCUCUAUCGCAACGUUCAGCUUGGGUUUGUUGUUCUCUGGUAAAAUUAAUAUUGAUUUUGAGAGUAGUUGGCUUGAAGAGUGAUUUUUAUAUCUCUUCAAUUAUUCCAUUUGUUUUAAAGGUGUUCUUAAGAUAAUAGAGUCUAUCAUUCUUUCUUUUUUAGUAAUCAUGUAUUCUAAGGAAAUCGAACAAAUAUUUAAUCCAUUUGUUCAAGGGUGUAUAUGUAUCGGAUUGUAGUUUUGACGAGGGGGUUUUGUUCUGUAUUUGUGUCAAUACUCAAAAAAUGUCAAUGAAAAUACGCAAUGAUGUGUGUUUUAGUACCAAUUUGAUAUGCUUUGCUGAGAUGCCGAUUGGUUGGAUACUUGGAUCUCACAAUUGUACAUCUUCAAUAUAAAACGUAUUUUUACUCC